AUGGCUUCUUGCAUGUACCGUGUCGGUGAUUACGUUUAUUUUGAAGCCAAUCCUAGUGAUCCGUAUCAAAUACGUCGGAUUGAAGAAUUGAACAAAACUCCAAAUGGUAAUGUCGAGGCACGUGUUGCAUGUUUUUAUCGUCGUCGUGAUAUAUCAGCUUAUUUGGUUAAUCAAGCUGAUCGACAACAAAUCACAGCUCCGUGGGACGAUGACGAUGAUGUAUUAAAUGAAGGUGGUACAACAACUACAGCCCCAAGUGCAACAGCAACAACAACAACAACACAACCUGAACUGAAUGAUACACAAAAACAUCAAUUACGUCAUCGUGAAUUAUUUUUAACACGUCAAAUCGAAACACUUUUAGCAACAAAUAUAAGAGGAAAAUGUCUUGUAACAUUACAUAAUGAAACAGAAUCAUUUUUAUCUUAUAUCAGUACUGAUGAUUUAUUUUUUUAUCAACUCGUAUAUGAUCCACAACAAAAAACAUUGUUAGCUGAUCGAGGAGAAAUUCGUGUUGGUGGAAAAUAUCAAGCAGAUGUUCCUGCGCAGAUGUCAAUUGAUGAUAAACCGGAUGCCAUUCGUGAAGAUCUUAUAUGGAAUACAUCAACUGGUCUAACAGAGAAGCAAAUUGAACAAUUCCUGAUUGUUGCAAGAUCUAUUGGAACAUUUGCCCGCGCAUUAGACUGUCCAACAGCAUUAAAACAUCCAAGUCUUCAUAUGAGUGCUGCAUCUGCAUCAAGAGACGCAACGUUGUUUUUUGCCAUGGAUACAUUGCACAAACAUAAUUAUGAUUUAGCAUUGGCUACAUGUAGUCUUGUACCGUCAACAGGACCUAUCUUAGUCAAAGAUCAAAUGGAGGACUGGUCGGCAGCUGAAGCCAAUACAUUUGAAGAUGCCAUUGAGAAAUGUGGCAAAGACUUUGAUGCAAUUCAACGAGAAUUUUUGCCAUGGAAAAGUCUUAAAGGUAUAAUUGAAUAUUACUAUAUGUGGAAAACAACCGAUCGUUAUGUACAACAAAGGCGUUUAAAAUCAGUUGAACAAGAAAAUAAACUUAAACAAGUGUUUAUUCCAAAUUAUAAUAAAGCACAUCAGUCUCUACUGCCACAACGACCUCAAAAUGAUGGAAAACCGUGUGAAUCUUGUGGAUACAGUGAACGUCCUGGACCAGAUCGUCGUUAUCAAGAACGUGCAGCUUCAAUCAAUAAAUAUCAAUCCCAUCGUUGUACAGUAACUGGUUGUGGAAAAGAAUGUAAAACAAAGUCACAAUUACAGCGUCAUUGUUCAUUAACACACGGCCUUAUGUAUCGUGCUAGUAGUCCUCGACCUGUAUUACGUAGUCGAAAUACAUUUUGUUUAUUUACUACACCGAUAACUCGUGCAGCACGUACGAUUAUGAAUGUAAGACGUUUAGCACGACAUAUAUCGUUACCGGUUGAUAUUGGUUCUAUUAGAAAAGAUUGGGAAAAAGAACCGCGUGAUAUUCGACAAGUUUAUAAUCGUUUACGUGAAGGUUAUAAAGAACAAAAACAGCGACUAUUAAAAGUUAGAUUAGAUGACAUAUUAAAUAAAAAUAAUUUGGAUAUUGUCAAAAUAACAUUUGACGAUAUAACACAACCGUAUACAAAUGAACCUGUUUAUAAACCAGAGCAAUUACGUUAUCCUGUACCGGAAGAAGACUUUUUUGCCAAAUUUUCUAAUACUAAUACGAGUAUAAUGAAAAAACGUCCAUACGAAUCAACAGAUUCUAGUCCAUCACCAAAACGUACAUUGAUUAGUCGACAAAAUUUAAUCAAAUCAAAAUCGCCGAGUAACGUUAAACUAUCUCGUUCUCGAGCAUAUACUGUUUCAUUCAUCGAUGCUCCCGACGGUAUUUAUUUACGAGUUACAAAAGAGAUAAAACGUUUACGGAAAGACAUUCCACAAAAAGAAAUUCGUCGUAUAGCACGUGCACCAUGGAAAAAAUUGAAUACAAAUUUUGUUUCAUAUGCUGAUGAUGAUAUUGUUGUUCUUGAUUAA